AUGUGUUUGGAAGAUCUCCGCGAUCAGAAUGACCGCUUGCUGACGCGAGCCGAGCAGGUUUCAGCAGAGCAACACGCGCAGCGAGCUGAACUGCUCGACAAGCUCGAACGCCUUCGCGCGGAGAACGCCAGCCUGCAACAGCGGGCGGAUCGAGGCGGAGGCCGAGGGCCGGAUGAGCAGCGAACACAGCGAGCGGAGUUGCUAGUUCAGCUGGACCAGCUUCGCGGAGAAAAUGAUCGCCUGCGGAGGCGUGCGGACCACGACCAGUACACCGCACAGUGUUCUAGUGCGCAGCAACAGGAGCUACGCAGUCGGAUUCAGAGCGAUCAAGAGCCGGAGGAGAUAGUGAAGACGCACCAAGCAGCUGGUUCCACGGUCAAAGGCCUUCAGCAGGAUGGACGUGGGCAAGCAGAUGAGGGUCUGCAAAGCCAGCUAUCAAGGCUCACCGCGCGACAAGCCAAGAUCAACACCGACUUGCCAGCGUUCUCGGGUGCAGCAGAAGAGUGGCCAGCAUUCCACCACAUGUUUCAGUCUACGACCAAGCAAUGUGGCUUCACGGAGGCUGAAAACAUUCAGAGAUUGCGGGUCUGCCUAAAAGGUCCUGCAAAAGAGGCAGUAAGAAUGCUCCUCAUCGUGCCAGAGAACCUGCCGAAAGUUCUCUCAACGCUGGAAAGGAGGUUCGGGCGGCCAGAACUAGUAGUCACGGAGCUCGUAUCGAAGGCGAAAUCAGCUAAGCCGGUACGCAGUGACGAUGUAGAGACCUUGGUGUCGUACAGCACCUCGGUUAAGAAUGUAGUGUUAUGUAUGAAGCUGCUUGGUAGCUGUGGACAUAUGUCCAACCCUACCCUCCGACAGGAGCUAGUGAAUAAGCUGCCAGUUGCACUGAAGAUGCAGUGGGGCGAAUACUUGGCGGAGAAAAGGACCCAGAUGGAUUCCCUCGACCUGGAGGUCUUCGCAGACUGGCUAGAAAAUCGAGCAGAGGCUGCGCUGAAUGUGGCCGGGCCGUUUGCCAAAGCGGCCCCUCGAGCAAGUAAUGCAACAGCUAUGCACACCACAGGUGGUCCAGCCAGCACAACUAAGCCAGUGUUGCAGUGCGCCAAGUGUGGUAAAGCGCACUCCCUCACCAGCUGUGAUGUCUUCCGCCAACUGUCAGUGAAGCAGCGGUGGGACUUCGUGCUUGGAACAUCGCUAUGUGUGUGCUGCUUCAAGACAGGCCACUGGAAGUCCGAAUGCAGAGGCAGUGGUUGCAACAAGUGCCGAGGCAGACACCACCCUGACCUCCACCAAGAGCGCGCACCUCCGGCCAACCAAGGCUCCACGAGCAGGAGCACAAAGCCACGAGAGAAUGUGGUUCCGCAACACAGCACGAAUACGUCUGUGGCAACCACGCAGAAGACCGCUUUUAUGGUAGUCCCUGUCGUGUUAUGCCAUCAGGACAAGACGGUGCGGGCCACAGCCAUGAUGGACAGCGGUUCUUCAACAACAUACCUGAAAGACAGUGUGGCAAACGACCUCGGGCUGCAGGGAACACCAACGGCAUUUACGGCGUCGGUUCUGGGGGGAAAGACAGUCUCAGGAAAGCACCGCCGCGUAAAAGUGACAAUGGCGUCGGAAGACGGCUCAUAUGAAACCCAGCUGGAAGCAUGGACGCAGCCAAUAGUUACAGCACCGAUGGAGAUGAUCGAGUGGAACUCGAGGAGACACAUGCACAAGCACCUCCAAGAGGUUACCUUCCCGCAGGUGACUGGGGACCAAGUCGACCUGCUGAUAGGACUCAACGUGCCAGAAGCGCACAGAGUACUGGAAGAGCUGGCAGGACAGCCGGGCGAGCCAGUUGCUCGAAAACUUCCCCUCGGAUGGGUAUGUUUCGGUCCCGUCAAGUCGCAAGCGGCAGAGUUCACAGAGACGUCCCUGCAUGCGAAUCUCAGCGAUAGGAGCAACGCAGUUCUCGACGACCUCGUCGCAAAGUUCUGGGAGGUAGAGAGCGUUGGUUUGGUUCCUAAGGCUACGAAAACGGUCGCGGAGGAGGAAGCACAACGUAUGGUUGAAGGAAGCAUGAAAUUGAUGGAUGGCAGAGUGUCGACGGCCAUACCGUGGAUCAGCACCGAUAAGAAGCCAGAUCUCCCACCGAAUCGUGAAAUGGCUGAACAGCGACUGAGAAACCUGGAGAGGACUCUGAGGAAACGACCGGAAGUCUACCAGCAGUAUUCCGACGUCAUCAAGUCCCAUAUAGCCAAGGGCUACAUCCAUCCGUGCCAGGAGACAGACCAACAGUGGUUGCUUCCUCAUCUGGCGGUGGUACGAGCAGAUAAAACUACGACGAAAGUACGAGUGGUAUUCGAUGCCGCUGCCCGAUGCCAGGGCAAGUCACUCAACGACGAGAUGCACUCUGGACCGAAGUUGCAGAGAGAUCUGGUACACGUGCUGAUGAAGUUUUGCCUAGAGCCUAUAGCGCUAGUCGGCGAUAUUGCAGAGAUGUUUCUGCAGGUGGAAAUCGCUCCAGAAGAUCGCAAGUAUUUGCGCUUCCUGUGGCGCGACACACCGGAUGAGCCAGCCGCCAUGUAUGAGUUCCCUCGGUUGGUAUUUGGGCUGAAGGCAUCGCCAUACCUGGCAUGUCGGGCUCUGAAGGCAACGUCAGCAGAGCACGGCGCAUCCUUCAGCAAGUUGGCUCGGGAAGCAGUUGAUGAAGCGUUUUACGUUGAUGACCUGCUCGACUCACUACCGACUGUGGAGUCCGCCAUCAACACUCGACAGGAAGUCCAGAGUCUGCUCGGAAAGGCGUCUUUCCACGUCCGCAAAUGGAGGAGCAACAGUCAAGCCGUGCUAGAGUCUAUACCGGACGAGGACUUGGCCAAAGAGGCACUGCUAUGCAUCAGCAACGACAGUCAGCAAAUACCAGCGGUGGUGAAGACUCUCGGUGUGGUGUGGGACGCCAAGACAGACACCUUCAGCUAUACGCACCGUGCUCCUGAAGAACAACAGUGGACCAAGCGUCAAGUGCUGUCGAAGAUGGCGAGCAUCUUCGACCCUAGAGGCCACAUUGUGCCCUUUACCAUGCGGGCGCGGCUGAUGUUUCAGGAGCUUUGUGCAGCUGGGAUCGGGUGGGACGACCAGAUUCCGGCCGAGCUGAACGAGAAGUGGUACAGGUGGUUUGCCGAGCUGGAGCACCUCAGCAAGAUCAAGAUACAGAGAUGUCUCAAGGAAACGGAUCGCCCAGCCCAUGAGGCAUCACUGUCGGUACAUGUGUUCACCGACGCUUCGGCCCAUGCAACAGCGGCAGUGGGUUAUGUCCGAGCGGAGUACCCCGAUGGACAUGUGCGCAUCAGCAUUGCGCUUGCUAGAGCCAGAGCCACACCACUGAAGAAAGUCACGAUUCCGAAGCUGGAGCUCCGCGGUGCAGUGCUGGGUGUGCAAGUAAGUGCCGCCAUCAGUGAGGCCCUCCACAUCCCCAUGUCCGAACACAACUUCUGGACUGAUUCGAUGAACGUCGUACACUGGGUGAGGAGUCCGGCUAAGAACUUUACUUCAGACGUCGCUAAUCGAAUAGCGGCAAUACAGGAGUCGACAAAGCCGACGCAGUGGAGGCACGUGCCUGGAAAGAUCAACCCAGCAGACUUGCCAACUCGGGGGGUGAAGGCCGAGGAUCUACCCGGUAACGAGUGCUGGUGGCAAGGGCCUGCAUUUCUCCGCAACACCAAGGAGUCCUGGCCGCAGACUGAGUUGACCAACAAACCGCAGCUUCCGGGCCAGGUGAAGCGACGUGCCAUUCAGCGAGUAGUGCCGUUGACUGCAGACGGCGAAUGA